UGCGGGACCAGCGGACUAGUGUGCAACGCCCCGCUUAAGAGGCACAUUAACCCCCUCUGCUUCCGCUACUUCUUCCAUCAUUCGCAUCCACAACACAACAUUUUCAACACGGAUAGUCGCCGGUAUCAGUACUGAAUACUCUUCGUCAUUCGCUCUCCUUACCUUGUCUAAACUUCUUGCUUCUCGAGCGCAAAAUUUGCGCUAGUUGGAUGGUCGCCGUUGGGAGUUUAUUAAAAAGGUUGCGCUCUCUUUCUGUUUGCGCUUCGCGACCGCAAAUAGUAUCAUUCCUCUAGACCACCUAAGUCAUUGCGCCCUCAUAGCUCUCCCAGUGCAUUCGACAAUCCGUCAAGUACACUCCUUCAUCAUAGUGUACCAUUUGCGCACCAUGAUCACCAUGGCCCAUACUUAUUCGUCGCUCGUUACAUCUCGUGAGCCUGAGGAUUCAACUCAAGCGGACGACUCUGUCGCAGUAAAUGUUCGAUACUUUCCCUCGACAGAGUUGGACACAUCAAUGGCUCUAAUGUCUUUGGAUGAUCAGACUCAACCAACUCCGGUCGCUGGGCUGGAAGGCGACAACAACAUCUCCCCUCCAACACAGGGACCCCUCGCUCAGUUUACCAUCUUCGACGACUUGCCAUCGGAGCUCAGACUACAGAUCUGGCGAGAAGCUAUGAGCCCCAGGGUUCUAGAGAUCAUGUGGAAUCGUGACAAAGGCUACUUCUCGGAUUGUCGAGACCAAAUCCCGGCGCUUAUGCACGUCUGUGUAGAGUCUCGCGCUUGUGCGCUCGAAAAGUACAUUCCAAUGAUUGUGGAAAACGAAUGCGAAGAGCCGAGUGUAGACGGCUCUGACAGCUCCGACGACGCACCAAAUCGACCGAAGGAACCUCCAACACUACCACCUCUGAGCGUGUACAUCGAUCCUACGAAGGACACGCUCUACCUAUCCAUGGGGACUUGGGACCUGUCCGGACCUUACACUGGGAUGCUCAUCGAUUUUCUCAGGAUCGUGGAUUCCACUGUGGCGUCGAAGCUGGAGCAUCUCGAGACUGGGUUCGAUCACACGAUCUUCGUCGUCGCACCUAAAGUCUCAGAUGAUCUUAAUUCCCCACCGCUUCUAACCCGAUUUCCCAAGAUGAAGACCCUUGGGAUGGCGGUCUCAGAUAUUUGUAUCGCUACGCCUAUGUACGGAGCCGAUCUCUAUAGACAUACGCAAACCCUCGCACCCCGUCGACCAGCUCUUGGCGUCAAGAACCUAGACCACUCGAGACCUUUCGACACUUACAGAUGGUGUCCUUUGACUCGAAGAAUCCGCACUACUUCUUUAUCCCUGAGUUCCUGGUCUUCCAUUCCUACGAAGCUUGCGAGAUGGAAGGUACUGUUAAUGCAGGGAGGAGCUGACGGAACCUUUUUGGAUGACCUUGAUAUCCAGGUCACUGAGAUCGUCAGAGGUGACAUGAUUAAUGGAUAAGUCAUUAUGGAUGUGCGGCCAUAGACGCGAAAUACUUGGGAAGAACCAGGCGUUGGCAAAAGCAUAGAAGGGCUGGUGGGCAGUGGUGGUCUCC